AUGGAUGAACCUCGUGCAGCUCUCCCUUCAAAUCCAGACGAAAAUCGAGGCCCCGAUAUCUUGGUCGCAACGCUGUUGGUCACGACGUUGGCGACGAUCGCGGUAAUUGCACGAGGCUAUGUGCGAUUAUUCGUUAUCCGCAAUACAGGAUGGGAUGAUGCCUUCAUGACUAUCGCCAUGGUCUUGGCCUGGGCUGGCCAGGGUUUAAUUGUCCCAGAAGUGUUCCACGGCGCCGGACGACAUAUUGGCGACGUCGACCCGGCCAUCUACCAAACCGGCGUGAAACUGAACUUCAUCAGCCAACCCAUCUUCCUAGUAGCCAUCUGUAUGGUCAAACUCUCCGUCGGAUCCUCGCUGUUGCGUAUCGCAUCGACAAAGUUUUACAAAUACCUGAUUCUCUCCAUCAUGGCCUUCACAGCAGUUUACACGGUUGCAUGCGUCUUCACCCUGAUCCUUCAGUGCAGUGAUAUUCGUACCCUCUGGGAUAGCAUGGUAAAAGCAACCUGCUGGUCUCAGCAGGCUCUCCAAGGUCUCUCCUACACCAAUGCCGCAUUCAACAUCCUCACCGAUCUUCUUUUUGCCGUCGUUAUUCCCAUACCGAUGCUCUGGAAUCUAAAUGUCCAUUUCCGCACUCGGAUCUCUCUCAUUGGUAUCCUUGGUCUCGGUAUCUUUGCCUGCGCGGCUGCCUGUGUCAGGUUGGGCUAUGCGGCCAACUACGGCAUGUUGGGCGACUGGCUAUGGGAUUCGCGUAACCUCACCAUUUGGGUGGUUGUCGAGCUUAACGUCGGUAUCAUCGCUGGUACCUUGCCUUGUCUCCGACCCAUCUUCAAGAGCUUCCUUGGCAGCAUAUACGGCACAGGAUCGCGCAAGACACCUGCGCUGGGCAAUACCAACUACGUCCAUCGAACAUUGCCGAGUGGGAAGAACUGGCAGUCGUUGUCUGGUGGUCGACGUGACGAGAUUGCGGACGAGACGAGCAGUCAAACGGCCAUCAAUGCCGGCCUCGGCGAGUACGAGCUCCGAGAUCGCAUGGCGAACCAGGCCGGCAUUACGACCCAGACGACGAUAUUAGCAGACAUCGAGGCCAAGUCGAGCGACGAGAGCGUGGACCGGGUUGGUCUAGGAGGUGGCUAUAGCGAACGCCAUUCCGGCAUUAAGAAGACAACAGUUACGACGGUUGAGGUCUCGCAAUCUAGGAGGCUUUCCUAA